UAAACUACAGAGCUACGUCCCCACUCUCCACGUGUCCCCUUUGGUUUGCUUUCGGAUCGCCGGCAAUGCAAUACCUGCUCUUCCACCACCACCGCAUCCUUCACCUGUAAAUCAUUGCUGUCCCUUUCGUUUCUCUCACCUCAAUCGGUGCCUUACUUUCGAUUUUCGAUCCAUAUUAAUUCGAUCACCGUUGCAGACCAAGGGUUCAGUAAUUUCACCGUUUUGAUCGAGACCCUGCUCCGAUCGGUAGGGUUUCAUCUCAAUCGGAAUUGUUGUUUGUUUUAGGAUUUAUCAGUUUGAGGAUUAUCGUAGAGAGAUAUAAGAUAAGAUAAUGAGUUUUCAAGAUAUCGAAGCUGGUCGCCCGCUCAAUUCAAGACGCGCGGGCUACAACAAUGGCAUGAGGAAACAGGAUCCGACUCAAGCUGUUGCUUCUGGAAUUUUCCAGAUCAAUACGGCAGUCUCUACGUUUCAGAGGCUAGUAAAUACCCUUGGUACUCCGAAAGACACCCCUGAGCUUCGAGAAAAGCUGCACAAAACCAGACUACAUAUUGGGCAAUUGGUGAAGGAUACUUCAGAUAAACUCAAGCAAGCAAGUGAAACAGAUCAUAACUCUGAUGUUAGUGCCAGCAAAAAGAUCACUGAUGCUAAACUUGCAAAAGAUUUUCAAGCAGUUCUUAAAGAAUUUCAGAAAGCUCAGAGACUUUCAGCUGAAAGGGAGACAGCUUACACACCUUUUGUUCCUCAAUCUUCUCUUCCUUCUCGUGAUCCAGCCAGUGAAAUGGAUUUAAGCUCAGACAAAACUCAAGAACAGCGUGUUCUUCUUGUGGACUCCAAAAGGCAAGUUCUUCAGUUGAUUAGUAAGGGAAAGUUGCAGACUAACAAUUUUUUCAAGUUGUUUUUGGAUUUUUUCAGACAGGAGGUUUUGUUGUUGGACAAUGAGAUUGCAUUUAAUGAAGCAAUCAUUGAGGAAAGAGAUCAGGGAAUACAAGAGAUCCAUAAUCAAAUUGGGGAAGUAAAUGAAAUUUUCAAAGAUCUUGCUGUUUUGGUUCAUGAGCAAGGAGCUAUGAUUGAUGAUAUUGGGACCAACAUUGAGAAUUCUCAUGCUGCCACUUCACAAGCAAAAUCCCAUCUUGCAAAAGCAUCAAAAACUCAAAGAUCAAACUCUUCCAUGACUUGCUUGCUUUUAGUGAUUCUUGGAAUCGUGCUUCUGAUCGUGAUCAUCGUUCUUGCAGCUUGAUCCUCUCAACAUUUCCCAUAUAAAUAAAAAUCAAACUCUUUUUAAGUGAUCCAUAGCAGCCUUCAAGAAACCUUUUUUUGAGCAUGUGUGUUUCUUUAAGGCCAGGUGGCCGAUUCUUUUUCUUUCCUCGUGUUUGUUUGACUCUGUAAAUCUGAUUAUCUGACUCUUUAUUUUGUCGGUAUUAUAACUAUAGUCUAAUCUUUGGGCUUGUGUUUUACUUUCA